GUCCGAUUUCCCACCCUCAACAUAUUUCCUUCUAGUUCCAAUGACUAAUUAAUUAUCUAGACUGGUGCUGCUCGAAGCUACCUGGUUACUCACAAAACUAAGAUUGAACCUGACAAGUUCAAUUUAAACGUGACAGUUGGCUAAAUUGUCGCAAUAAAUUGGCCGGUACCCCUCAGCGGAAACCCUUGAGGCAAAUUGAUUUGCGAAGCAAAUUAACUGUUCGAGUAUCACGUAAAAAAUCAGUUGAAUGGCUUUCGCCGCACCCGCGAUUGGCUCGACCUUAUUUUCAAGAAUUUUCCGUCCGUUCUCCACCAGCGCUCCAUUUCUCUCUUUAACACCUGAAUCUGCAUCGCGCAACAUGUCCAACAACACGCAAAUCGCCACUCUGGCAGCUGGAUGCUUCUGGGGCGUCGAGCAUCUGUUCCGCAAGAACUUUGGUAAUGGCAAAGGUCUCCUAGAUGCAAAGGUUGGUUAUUGCGGUGGAUCGACGGCGUCGCCCUCGUAUCGGGCUGUGUGCACCGGAGAUACCGGCCAUGCCGAAGCGGUGCAGGUGACGUUUGAUCCCUCCAUCGUUACCUACCGUUCUCUUCUGGAAUUCUUCUACCGCAUGCACGACCCCACCACUUUGAACCGCCAGGGACCCGAUAUCGGCACUCAGUACCGUGGCGUCAUCUUCACUCACGGAGACGAGCAAGAGAAGAUCGCCAAGGAUGUAUCAGAGAAGGUGAGCCAGGAGUGGUACAAACAGCCUCUCUCCACGGUCAUUGUGCCUGCUGGUCAAUGGUGGGAUGCGGAGGAGUACCACCAGCUCUAUCUGAACAAGAACCCAACGGGCUAUGAAUGUCCUGCUCACUUCGUGAGACAGUUUCCGCCUCUUUCCGCCUGACUGGAGGUGAAGAUAUGAGAUAUGAAUUUCGAAAAUAUGUCAACCUUGAUGGUCUUGAGAUGGUCCGGCUAAACUGGUGUCAUC